AUGCCGUCUUUGCAUUUUGGUAGUUUGGUGUUUAUUGCCGUUUGCACGGUGGUGUAUAGUCCGCACGCGUUGCUUCGAGUGUUAGCCCCGUUGUGGCCGGUGAUGAUGGGGUGGACGGUGAUUGCGACGGCGAAUCAUUUUGUUGUUGAUAUGGUUGUUGGUGUGGUGGUGGUUCGUUGUGCGUAUUAUUUGAAUUGGGUUAUGGUGAUGUUGGUGCUGGUUGAGAGGGUGUUAUUUCGCUUGAUUAGGUUGGAGAAGCCUCGGUGUCGGCCGGGGUAG